GAGCCCCAUGGUGACCGGGACGUCGGUGCUGGGGCUGAAGUUCUCCGGGGGGGUGAUGCUGGCCGCGGACACGGUGGGAUCCUUCGGAUCCCUGGCGCGGUUCCGGGGCAUCUCCCGGCUCCUCAAGGUCAACGACUCCACCGUGCUCGGAGCCUCCGGGGACCUGGCGGAUUUCCAGCACCUGCGGCAGCUCCUGGAGCAGAUGGUGAUAGACGAGGAGCUGCUGGGGGACGGGCACAGCUACAGCCCGCGGGCGCUGCACUCGUGGCUGACGCGGGUCCUGUACAACCGGCGCUCCAAGAUCAACCCCCUCUGGAACACCGU